CUACGGAAGCUGGUCGAUGUCGCGCCUCACGAAGAAGGGCCGGGCGCCGCCGGGCUACGAGUACCUCGCGCCGGUCAUGGACGCACUCGAAAGCGAGCUGCGUGAGCGCAUGAACGACCCGCACGACGGUCUCCGCAAGUGCGAAGUGCUCUGGCCGAUCCACCAGAUCAACUGGCAGCGCAGCCGCUACGUCUACGACAUGUACUACAAGUACGAGAAGAUCUCCAAGGAGGUGUACGACUACUGCCUGCGCAUGAAGCUUGCAGACGCCAACUUGAUCGCCAAGUGGAAGAAGCCGGGCUACGAGCGCCUCUGCAGCACGUUUGCGAUCAACCCGAAAAACUACAACUAUGGCACCGUGAGCAUUUGCCGCGUGCCCCGCCAGCAGCUCGCCGACGGCCAGCUCGUGCAAGAGCGUCACUCGGGCUGCCGCGGCUGCGCCUCGGGGCCCGCGGGCUAUCACAACAUCUUUGGCAACAAGUACGGCCAGCACCUCGCUGCAAUCCAAAUCAUGCGUGAGCGCCGUAACGAAGCCACCGCCGGCGCUGUGUGGGCGCCCAAGGAAGACGACGACCGCUCAGACGUCGGAGAUGAAGAAGAGACGAAGGAAGCACACGAGGAGGAGACAAAGCAGGCGGACGAAAGCGACGGCGAAGAAGAGACCAAGCAGGCCGAAGAGAGCGAUGACGACCAAGAUGGGCCGCAGCCCAAGAAGAAGCAGAGGACCCAAUGCUAAUGCUAUUAACUUCAUCAUCUGUGACGAUGGC